AUGAAUACCGUUUCUAACUACAUGGUAGGAGCCUAUACUAUCACAGCAUAUACGAUCUUAGCAGGAGUUCUUAUUGUACGAGGAAACAUUAGGUUGAGGAAUAAUGCAGAACUACGGAUGAUGAUACAGAUUGCUGUAAUGUCAACAAUCGGGAUCUUCUACUUUUUCUUUUGGCAGUUCCAUUAUUCUCUGGGUCUCAAUCCUGUUACCGGUACAAUCAUCUACGAAAAUCUUACAUUGCUCUACUACGACGCUGUUGUUCUCCCUUAUUUGCUACUGAACCGCUCUUUCCGAAAACGAUUCGUUGCGAUGUUCCACAGGAAUAGUACUGUUUGCUCGACAAAAUCAAUGGUCCACAAAGAUGUGUUCUUCCUUGCGAUGCACCCACAUGUUUUGUCGAAGUCGGCCAACAUUCGUUCCGUUUGGUUGAUGCUAGAUCUCAUCAGAACAAUGUCAUCAGCAAAGCCGAGAUGGCGUAGUUGCCGACCAUCUACCGUCACUCCCACGUCAUCCCUCUCCAACUUUCUCAUUGCGUUGUCGAGAGUAGUCUUGAAUAUUUUAGCAAAACACAGUAAUAGAAAAGAGUCUCCUGAUUCCGGAGGAAAGCCUGGUACGGUAGCGCCAGGUAGGACGGGGUUGCGGAGUCAUGUAGACUACCAAAACGGAAAAGGACUAGGAUGGCGACUGACUUAUAACGCACGUACGCUUGCAUCGGAAGCGGCCAUCGAAGAUCUGAUGAUGCAAGCCAAGAAGAUCAAGUACGACGCCAUCGGACUGACCGAGACGAGACGACGUCACCCUCUCAACGCCGUAUAUGAAACUGGAGAAGAACUGUUCUUAGGAACAUGCGACAGUAGAGGUGUUGGUGGAGUUGGCGUCCUCGUCAACACGAGUAUGGCAAAGAACAUCGACUCUUUUGAACAACUUACGACCCGAAUCGGACGUCUGCGGAUGAGAAGAUGUGGCCCAAUACCAGCUUUGACUAUUUUGUUUCGUCACAUAGCUCGAGAAGAGUCGAGCUUUUUAUGGACCUAG